UGAGUUAGGAUCAAGCCUGUGCGCCAAGGACAAUAUGAGCAUGAAAGAGAUUUUCAUCCUGCUGCUGUAUCUGUAUUUGGUCUUCAAUGUUCAAGCCAUUCAAGAGAGUAUCCCAAUGAAGAGCUUGAAGUGCUACAAUGACUACAACUCACAGGUGACCUGCACAUGGAUGGAGCAUUCUGCGGCUCAUGACCUUGUUAGUAUGAUUCUUUACCAAAGGGAUAAUAUUCAAAUGGAGAACAAGGACAUGUUUUGCAAACGCCAGACAGAAAAUAACUUGCAUGAAACUCCAGACGUGUAUGUACACUGGGUCUGCCACAGCACUACAAAUUCUUUUGGAAUAGGGGUAGAUGAUAUUUAUGGCUUCAGACCUAACAAGGUUCUUCAAACAGAACUGGAUGUUGAUCUUUUCCAAAAUGUUCAGCCCCUCCCACCUCAAAACCUCUCAGUCAGCUCAAUGACAUCGGGGGACUUCCUGCUGACCUGGAAAACAGCCGAUGGAAGCCAAGGGCUGAGCAAUGCACUGGACUAUGAAGUCACUUACAAGCGGGAGUGGGAGUCCUGGGAGGAAGCUGCCUCGCUCUUGCUCUCCAACACCACCCAUUGCAGUCUCAGCCAUGAGGACCUUGUCCCAGGGAGCAGCUACGUUGCCCGCGUGCGAGCCAGACCAGGGCAGGCCAGCAGCUUCUCUGGGCAGUACAGCAAGUGGAGCAUGGAGGUGUCAUGGAAGACCCCUGAAGGUGGCCUUCAGCCCAGGAAUCUUCGCUGCCUCUUCAGUGGUGGAGAUCGUCUGACGUGCAGCUGGGAAGUGAAGAAAGUGAUCACCACCUCUGUCCUCUUUGGCUUGUUCUUCAGGGCCACUCCAGCAUCAGAAGAAGAGGAGUGCUCUCCUGUGCAUGAGAAGACUUUGCCCCACACCCCAUAUGUAGUCCAGAGCUGUGAGAUCCCUGUUAGCAAUUCUAGUAGCCAGAGGAAGUACCAUGUAUCUGUCCGGGCCAAGACAGAGGACAAGCUGAUUGAAGCCUACAAAAACAUUCAGGUGCUGCCACCCGCAAAUGUGUCAGUAACAGCAACAGAGAACCAAGAGUAUGAACUAAGGUGGAAAAAACACGAUUUGAAUUACAGCUUCAUAACACAGAGAUACCAAGUCAAGUACUGGGAAAACAACCGAUAUGAAAAGACUCUCCAGGUGUUAAAUAUCAGCAAUGAUGAACCUCCCUUCAUCUUCACCCUGCAGAUGCUGGCAGCAUCUACAGAAUAUAGGGGGAAAAUGCGUGCAAGGGUGAAUAGGCCUCUGGAAUAUGAGGGACCUUGGAGUGAAUGGAGUGAGGAAUUCACCUGGAAGACUGAGAGUGUUCUGGCACCUGUGGUUCUCCCAGUGACGCUCCCAGCUCUCAUUGUCGCUUUGCUGAUAGUUACUUAUUGCAGCUAUAAGUAUUUCCUCAGGAAGAAGAAAAUGUGGGAGGAAAAGAUUCCGAACCCCAGCAAGAGUCUCCUGAUCCAGGGCUACCUGGGGAAAGGACAUUUGGGAAGUUUGCCAACAAGCAACCAGCUGGACUUCAACAAAUACAACCUUUCAGAAAAGAUGGAGCAGGCUAGCUUCCUUCAAGUUGUGGACAGGCAGGUGAAGACUUUGGCAGAGUGCCUUGAAGGGCAGACUAAGAAGACAGAUGUUUCCCCAGUUACACCGGACCUACAGAACUCAUACCAUGCUUUAAAUGAGUCAGAGCAUGCCCCGGUUGCCUGCUCAAGUCAGAGAGCUGGUCAUUCCUUUUCCAUUUCAAGGAGAAACAGUGCUGAUGCAUGUAUUGCUUCCCACACAGCAAUCCCUUGCUUUGCUUUCAAUGGUCCAUACCUGUAUAGCCCAGUGGUAUCCUCUCACCCUGAUAUACACCAGACCCUGGAAAUGGACCCUGUGGGACUCAGUAAGAAAUCAGUUUCCCUUCAGUAUGUGACUCUCCCAAGGGAAGACUCUCCCCAGACCCCACAGAGGCAAGAACAGCCAGGAGCAGUUCGUCCAAAGGACGUGCUCUCAGAUCAGCAGGAAAUGAUGCAGCACCUCAAUGACAAGGAAGAAGUCUCACAGGCCUCACCAGCCUGUGGGGAAGGCACCAGCAAGGGAACACAGGAGCAGAACUCUCCAAAGGCUCUCAGCUGUACCACGUCUCCUCAACAGUGCCCCUUGGAGUACAUCACCACGGACAGCCUGUUACUGCCAUCAGCCAGUACCUCCACCCAUCCUCCCCUUGUCACAGCUGAAGAAUCACCCUGUGGCUCACAGCAGCCCCAGCCUCCCAGUGACCACUCUUGCCAUGAGUCUUCUCUGGGGGAAACUGGUGUCAUGAUCCCAGUUUCAGGCCAAGCACCAACCUCAUCUCCUGAAUUGUACCUGGAUACCUUUGGCAACUAUCUUACUGUGCCUGAAGGUCUCCAUGAACAUUCAAAGCCCACAAAGAUUUCUUUGCCUGUCUUAGAGAAGGAAAAUGGUAUUCCUAGAAAGCAGCCUUUGUCAGAAGGUAACUUGGUGGUGUUAAACCCUGACAGUACUGAGCCAGUUUUCCUUUGCCAGGUUGGUGACUAUUGCUUCCACAGCCUAAAAUCCAGCAUGAAGAUGGAUAAUAGUCAGGAAGACCACCAAGUCAAGAAUCUUUCUGAAAGCGAGACAACACUUGGGCAGCCUGUAUGUGAUGAUGAAUCCAUGACGGGGAAGGAAAAGGAUGUAUGGAAGAGGGAAAAAAUACAGGCCAUUCAGCUUUUCAAAAACCUGAAAUCAGAUGAUUACUUUUCCUGGCAACAAUCUUUGAGGAUCAAAGAAAACUGUUAAAUAUUAAUGAAUACCAAACAGACAGGUAACUGAAAGAGGUUGCAACUAUCUGGUGAAAAUGAACCCUCAAACCUAGGAACA